AUGGAAAAGUUAUUUACCUUAAUAACUUUUGCUACAUGUUUGAUAGUAACUUGUGCUUACAAAAAUCCGUACUUUGCGGAAAGAAGGUCGGUGAUAGUUCACCUCUUUGAAUGGAAAUGGGAUGAUAUAGCUUUAGAGUGCGAACGCUUUUUAGGUCCUCGUGGGUUCGGAGGCAUUCAGAUAUCACCCCCAAAUGAAAAUGUAAUAAUUGGGGCAAGUAACCGUCCAUGGUGGGAAAGAUACCAGCCGCUUUCUUAUGUACUAGUCACUAGAUCUGGAGACGAGCGUCAGUUCGCUGAAAUGGUCCGUCGAUGUAAUAAUGUUGGAGUCAGAAUCUACGUGGAUGCCGUAAUCAACCACAUGACUGGUGAGCCUCGCGAUAAUGUUGGCACAGCUGGGAACACAGCUGAAUUUAGGGAGUGGCAUUAUCCAGCUGUGCCUUUCACUAGAGAACACUUCAACUGGCCACCGUGCGGCAUUGAAGGUUCCGAUUAUAAUAACAAUGCUUGGAGAGUCCGGAACUGUGAAUUAGUUGGAUUAAAAGAUUUAGACCAAUCCAAGGAACAUGUACGGCGAAUGAUUGUCGAAUUUAUGAAUAAACUUAUUCACUUAGGAGUGGCAGGGUUUAGAAUCGACGCAGCAAAACACAUGUGGCCUGAAGACCUCCGCAUUAUAUACGACAGACUUGACAACUUGAAUACAGCCCAUGGCUUCCCACCAAACGCGCGCCCAUAUAUCUACCAAGAAGUCAUAGACUAUGGUGGCGAAGCUGUCAGUAGGGACGAAUAUACACCUCUCGGAGCUGUCACAGAGUUUAAAGCCGGCAUGGAUUUGAGCAAUGCGUUCAGGGGGAAUAACCAGCUCAGAUGGCUUAGUUCUUGGGGUCCUACCUGGGGUUUGUUAGCUCAUGGGGAUGCCUUGACCUUCAUUGAUAAUCAUGAUAACGAAAGAGGUCACGGUGGUGGAGGGGGCGUGUUGACAUACAAGCAAUCUAGACUUUAUAAGGCCGCUGUAGCAUUUCUUUUGGCCCACCCAUAUGGCGAGCCGCAAAUUAUGAGUAGCUUCGACUUUGUUGACUCCGAAAUUGGACCACCGAUGGAUAGAUUCGAAAAUAUCAUUUCGCCUUCUAUUAAUUCCGAUGGUUCAUGCGGGAAUGGGUGGAUAUGCCAACAUCGCUGGCGUCAGAUCUAUGGCAUGGUGGCAUUUAGAAAUGCUGCUGGUCAAACAGCCUUGAACAAUUGGUGGGAUAAUGGCAGCAAUCAAAUCGCAUUUAGCAGAGGAGACAGAGCAUUCAUUGCGUUUAACAACGAUGGGUGGAGCUUAAAUCAAAAUUUGCAGACAGGUCUUCCAGCUGGUACCUACUGUGACGUCAUAUCCGGGGAUAAAGUGAAUAACUCCUGUAGAGGAAAGACCGUCAUAGUUAGCGGAGAUGGACGGGCACACAUCUCUAUUGGACCCCAAGAUUACGACCUUAUGUUGGCCAUACACGUUGGCCCUGAGGUAAUAAAGAUAUUUAUAUAA